AAAAAUAAAGAAAUGAUUAAGAAGAAGAAGGAGAAGAAAAUCGCAUGGGGGAAACAGAGGACAGAGAACUGCGAAGGAGGAAAAGAACAGAAAAGCCACCCACCUGACCUAACAUAACCAAACAAACCUCUUACCCCAAUUCGAGUUUUCCUCUUCUCUCCUCUCCUCUGGAUUUCCCUCUGAGUUCACCUUCUCUGAAUCGGCUUUAGUCUUCUUCAUUCACCAGCGCAAUUCGUUGUAGCGGAUCUGAUUUGGUUUUUGGGCGGUCUGCAGACACUGCAUGCUUGUGGGGAAGCAAUUCUGCCCAUUUGGUUGAGACUCCACAUACAUGACUGGGACACCCUUUUUCCUGCCCUGGAUAUCUGCUUGGAAUUAAACUUAUCUCACUCACUUUGGUCAUUAAUGUGGCCCAUAUAUUUGCUAUUCAACAAGAUUCUCAAGACUGGAGAUGAGAGAGAACUAAUAAGAGGAGAUCAUUUGAAUGCGAUAGAUCCAUACCUCUUUCAGCAGCCAUCAAGUAACAUAGAUUCUCAUCCUUCCUCCUUGCUCUGUUCUCACUUGCCUGAUGUACCGCAUGUAAACCAAAUAUAUACAUGGGAUUGUGGCCUUGCUUGUGUCUUGAUGGUUUUGAGAACUAUUGGUGUCAACAACUACGAUAUUCAAGCAUUGGCUGAACUAUGCUGCACAAAUAGCAUUUGGACUGUUGAUUUGGCAUAUUUAUUACAGAGAUUUUCUGUCACUUUUUCCUACUUCACGGUGACCUUUGGUGCAAACCCAAACUAUUGUGUUGAAUCAUUUUACAAGGAGGAGCUGCCUAAUGAUCUAGUGAGAGUGGAUUUACUAUUUCAAAAAGCAAUGGAAGCUGGGAUUGAUAUACAGUGCAGGUCAAUUAGUGCAGAAGAGAUUUCCAUUCUCGUAUUGUCUGGGAAAUAUAUUGCUAUUGCAUUAGUUGACCACAACAAAUUGAGGUUCUGUUUCAGUCCUGUUUGGCAAGAAGGUGUUCCUGUGCCUGCUGUCGCCAACAACCCUGGCUAUACAGGUCAUUAUGUGUUGAUAUGUGGCUAUGAUGCUAGAGCGGAUAUGUUUGAGAUUAGAGAUCCUGCCAGCUCUAAGAAACACAAGACGAUUUCUUCAAAGUCUUUAGAAGAAGCUCGCAAAGCCUUUGGCACUGAUGAGGAUCUUCUUUUGAUAUGUUUGGAGAAGAACAAUAACCGUCAUCAACCUUCUCUUCAACUGUCCAUUGAUGUCAAUAGUGAUUCUUGAUUUUCUUGUUUUGCAAUAACUUGGCAGUUAGGUUACUGGUUUUUUCUUUUUCUUUUUGCAUAUAUUACUUAUCCCUUGUGUAUUUUAGUAGCUAUAGUCUAUUAUUUAUUUUUAUUCCCAGCAUAAACCUCUUGGUAGGUUUAGUCUGGGCUCUAUGUAUCGUGUAUGUUUACUCCAAACUGUAUAGUAAUCAUAAAUUCAUUUUAAUGAAUAUAAACCGUGUCCUUUCUCGGAAA